AUGAAAAGCAGCAACGGCUCUGGUGUCCCGACCUCGCCGCGAGCCACCAGCAGCGGCGACGAGAAAGCGUCCAACACAUCUGAUCGCUCUCGCUCCGACGUCUCCCAUGGAAGUCCCGCCAAGAAGAAUUCGCCCUCCUCCUGGAGAUUGUGGUGGUCUGGAGACAGUUCACCGUCUGAGUUUGCGCUGGAGCCCGGGCAGUGCAAGGUGUUUGUGGAGUCGGACACUCUCGGCAGGAACCUUGACCUCUCGGCGCUGGGCUCAUUCGAGGAGCUCUGCGCGCGCCUGUCCAGCAUGUUCGGCAUCAGCAACAACGCUGAUCUGAGGAGCCACAUGGUCUACCGCACCAUCGCCGGCGAGGUGAAGCACGUCGGCGACGAGCCUUUCAGUAUGUUCGUGAAAUCCGCGCGGAGGAUCACCAUACUGACCGACGCUGGCAGCGACAACACUAGCAACCGAUGA